AUGGCCGCCCUCCAGACGCCCGAAGAGAAACUCGCCAUGCCUACCUGGGGGUCCUACCUGUACCAGAACUACCUCCAGGCGCCCUCGCCCGACACCGUCUUCGACUGGACAGACCCGUCCGUAUCGAUCCCCCCGCCACCAGCACGAGAGGAGUACGCUUUUGGGCUUACCAAUCCCUCGGUAUGGCCAUCGGCGUCCGGUCAAUCGCCGAAGAGCGUCAAGCCCGAGCCUGUUUCUCCAGCGGAUGAGCAGUCGCUGCGCCAGCUCCAGGACGUCUACAAGCAGGCCUACUUUCCCUUUCCCGCCACAGGCAUCGCCACCUCCCUCCUCACCCAGGCAGACACCCCAGCCAGCGCCCUGCCCGCCCAGCUCGGGUCCUCCGAGUCCCUCAACGUCGUCGACCAGUCCCUCACCCGAUCCCCGUCCCCCAUAUCGUCUCACAUCGUCAGCCCGCACGCCUCCCCCAUACUACGCCACUCGUCUACGAAACGCGAGACACGAGGCAGGAGACGCAUCGGCAGCGCCGCCAUCAAGCGCAGCCACUCUCUGCAUUCAGACUCGGAGUUUUCGCACCACAGUCCCGACGAGCACGACCACGAUGAGCACGAGCAUGAGGUCCCCGAGGGUGUCGAGCGCGACGGUAUGAUCUGGGGCAUGAAGGUCGAGGACUAUCGUGCGCUGUCUGCCCGAGAGAGGAAGAGGGUGCGCAACAGGAUCAGUGCCAGGACGUUCCGCGCCAAGAGAAAAGAGCAUCUCUCUUCGCUAGAGCACGGCUUGGUCAAGAAGAGACUAGCCAAGUUUGAGACUGCCUACGCUCGAUCGCUAUAG